AAAACAUAACAUUUCAUACGGUCAAUCACAACUGCCCAUUAAUAUCAGACUUUUACACAUUCAUUUAAACGUAAUUGUUAUCUCAUUUACAAAAAAUGGCUGAUGAUGACGAUGAGGGAGACUUCGGAGGGUUGUAUGAGGAUGGCCACUGGAUUUGGGAUGAGCAAACAGAAGCAUUACUAUUUGUAAGUGAUCUUCCACCAGCACACGUUGAAGCAGUUCAAAUAACAACCAAAGCACCGACUGGCACUAUUGAAUUCAGAGAUGAUAUUGAUUUAAUUGAACAGCUUCGAUAUAAACGACGGUAUCAAAGGAAACCGACACCGGGAAAAACUGAUUUAGUUACUUUACAGGAUGUGAAAGACAUAGCACUGUACACUGCUCCCGUUAGCAUAUUGAGCCCAAUGCUUAUUGAUUUGUUACAUUUACCUUCCACUGAGAGGCUUCUCAGAGCUCUCAUAUUCUGCUGUGCCUACUAUUUACAGGUAGCAGAAGAAAUGUCCACCCGCAUAGCGGACCUAGCAAAUAAAGUAAGGACUCAGGGAUGUGAAAUUUUGGAAAAUCAGUUUCACGAAAACUUGUCAGAUCUGAGACUUUUAGUAGCCAAGGAAUACUGCAUUAUGCUUAUUGGUGGUGGAGAUAUGAAAAAAUUUCAUCACAUGGGCAAGGAGAAGAAGAGGCGGUCGUUGUCUGAUAAAGACGCACGACUAUUUGAAACUUUUGUCCGCGUGUCCGUACAAAUUGUCUACUUGGCUCUAGGACGCAGGAAUUUUCAUCAAAUUGAAUUAGAAUGUCACCGUCUAUUGAAAUCUGAGAUAUUUAACACGGUGGAACAUACGUUGAAGACUGGAUACCUCUUGAAAAUGAUCCCUGAGGAGAAGAAAGUUCUACUGGGGCCAUGCGUACAUCACGACAAGAAGCUUAACACUCGAUCCCCGCUCAUGAACGAAAUGUUCUGUCAAAGACCUAUCGACUUUCGUUUAAUGGGAUUAGGAGUUGUCAAAUAUAAGAAGCUAAGUACUCGACUAGAAUUCUUGUAUCUUGUCGUAUCUGGUUCAGAGGAGAAGUUAUUGGAAUCCAAUAUAUCAGUGGGACUUAUUGGCAUGCCACGCGCUCUAUUCGACACCAUGCUCCGACCCAUUGUAGGCCAAACCACUGAGAAGUCUAAAGCCUCUGUUAUGUCUUCGAAGAGUAUGGCGAGGAAAUCUGUGCAAGCACCUCAGAGACUCUACCCUGAAAUUUCACUGCCCCCAAAUGAUCCUAUAGAGUUAGUAUUAUCGGAUUAGUUCCUACGUGUGUGAAGCUGAAAUGUGCCAUCAAUUC